CUGUUUUUAGGGUCCAAGUCGAAUUCUACAUGAAUGAAAACACAUUUAAAGAGAGAUUGAAGUUGUUUUUCAUAAAAAACCAGCGAUCAAGUCUAAGAAUCCGCUUGUUCAACUUUUCCCUCAAAUUGUUAAGCUGUUUGUUAUACAUUAUCCGCGUCUUGCUUGAGAAACCUUCACAGGGAAAUGAUUGGUCUCACAUAUUUUGGGUUAACAGAAGCCUGCCUUUAUGGGGUUUACAGGUCUCGGUGGCAUUGAUAAGUCUAUUUGAAACAAUACUCCUUGGAUAUCUCAGUUAUAAGGGGAAUAUCUGGGAGCAGAUUUUACGAAUUCCAUUCAUCUUAGAAAUAAUCAAUGCAGUUCCCUUCAUCAUCUCAGUAAGUAUCAACAUCUUCAAAAGGAUUAUUUGUCAUUUGGGGUAAAUACAUUCUCAACUUCUA